AAACCACGAAGAUAAAGGGUUAACGAUGUUUCUGGCGACGCGCGGGUUGCUAUGACGUCACAGAAAUAGUGUACCAGUUACAAGAUGGCGGCGUACCCUGCAGGUGGCUCGGAGAACAUCCUCUUGUUAACCGAUUCUUACAAGGUUACUCACCAUCAACAAUAUCCACCUAACACAACAGUGGUCUGCUCAUAUUUUGAGUGUCGAGGUGGCAAGUUUCCUACAACUGUGUUUUUUGGUCUUCAGUAUAUUCUCAAGCGGUUUCUUAUAGGAGCCGUAGUAACAAAGGAAAAAAUAGAGGAAGCAAAAGCCUUAUAUGAGGAACACUUUGGUAGGGAUGUCUUUAAUGAAGAUGGCUGGAACUACAUCCUUACGCAACAUAAGGGUUAUCUGCCCUUGCGUAUCAAGGCUGUACCAGAGGGCAGUGUUAUACCAACAAAAAAUGUCCUUUUUACUGUGGAAAAUACAGAUCCUAAGUGCUACUGGCUCACAAAUUACUUUGAGACGUUGUUGGUACAGGUGUGGUACCCAUUAACGGUAGCCACCAACUCUCGAUAUCAGAAAGAGAUCAUUGCCCGUUAUUUGGAUGAGACUGCAGACAAUUUACUUGGACUACCUUUUAAGCUCCAUGACUUUGGCUUUAGAGGCUCAACAUCAGUAGAGUCAGCAGGAAUAGGUGGUGCAGCACAUCUUGUAAAUUUUAUGGGAACUGACACAAUAGCUGGCAUCAGUACAGCAAAGGCUUUCUACAGCUGUCCCAUGGCAGGCUUCUCCAUCCCAGCUGCAGAACACAGCACAAUUACUACCUGGGGUCAGAAGGGAGAAGUACAUGCCUUCCGAAACAUGUUGACGAAGUUCCCUACAGGUCUGGUGGCUGUGGUCAGCGACAGCUAUGACAUAUGGAACGCCUGCAGUACUGUCUGGGGUAAAGAACUGAAGGACUUGGUGGAAGAACGGGGCAAGAAUGGUGGCACACUUGUGGUUAGACCCGAUUCUGGUGACCCACCAGAAGUUGUUGUGAAGGUACUUGAAAUUCUAGGUGCAAAGUUUGGAUCCACUACAAACACCAAGGGCUAUAAAAUGCUGCCUCCAUAUCUGCGGGUAAUUCAGGGUGAUGGCAUUAGCUAUGAGACUUUGGAGGCAAUUCUUGAGAACAUGAAGAACAACAAAUGGAGUUCUGACAACCUGGUAUUUGGCAGUGGUGGAGCUUUGCUUCAGAGAUUGGAUAGAGACACCCAAAAGUGUGCAUUCAAGUGCAGCUUUGCAGUUGUUAAUGGAAAGGAGAUUAGUGUAUUCAAAGAUCCAAUUACAGACCCUGGCAAGAAGAGUAAGAGGGGUCAGUUGUCAUUAGAAAUUCAUGACGGUAGAUAUGUGACUAUGGAGGAAGGAAAAGGAGACCCAAAAAAGGAUAUCCUUGUGACAGUGUUUGAGAAUGGCAAGCUUCUGAAGGACUACACUUUUGAUGAAGUGAGACACAGGGCGGAGCUAGAUAUAGUGAAACAAAGCAUGCUGCAGUGAACCUGUAGAGCAAGUCGGAUGUUACUUCUGACCGAAAGAACAUGCAAGACACAAUUCUGAUAAUGCUUCUGACAUUAAAGCAUGACAAAAAUCAGAACCUAGACUUAGAUAAAACAUAGUGUUAUAGUACAUUUGGAACUACCUUAAGUGAACAUUUUUUCUCUGUUUUUUAUUAUUAUUUAACUCUUUUUGGAAGAAAACUUAGAUUUUUGCUAAGAUCAUUCUAAUAUAAUCAGAAAUAAUCAUGCACUUUUUUCUGUUUAUGACAAUGCUUUGCCUGGAAAAAACUUAUUAGAACAUAUUAAAAUAUAAAAUUGUAAUGCCAUAACCACAACGUUAUUAUUAGUGACAUCCUUGGCUUUAUCUGUGCAUGUAAUAUUGAACUGCUAAACAUUCUACAGAAGCACUACUCACUGCCAAACCCUGAUGUUCAGUUAGUUGGUAUUGCUUUUUUUUGAGGAUUUUUGGCAGAAAAAUGUAUUUGAAGGAAAAAUUACUGCCAUAACACAGGACUGUGGAUUUGCAUUUUUUCUACUAGGUAUUUAUAGCUAGCUAAACCUAAAGGUGACAACUCUCAUUAAGGAGAUUGUAAAUAGUUCAGUCCUGCAUCUUUUCUGACUAGCAAUUUGUAGUAGGUAAGUAUUUUAAGCUAGAUGAAGCUAAGACAGACAAUCCCCCUAGACUGCAGUUGGUCUAGUUCUGCAUCUUCAUUGGCUAGCAACUCGUUAUCUUUGUGUCCUUUGUACACAUGCUUGGAUGCAAAUGUAUGUAUGUGUCUGACUCAGCAAGAAUAGUUACAUGUGCUCAAAUGUGCUUACUUUAUGUCACAAUGUACUGGACUAUAUCAAAUGAAUUUUUCAUCUUAUUUGGAAAGAAUGAUGGAACAAACCAUUUCAAUGAAGGAUAACAUAUCCAUGAACAUGACUGAUAUCUGAUAACAUGUCUAUCUAAAAUAUCUUUUAAUGGGAAAACAAAAAAUAUUUUAUCUUAAUGUGCAAAAAGUUCAUAUUCUUGACUGUUGCAGCCAAAAACUAUUUCAGGUCUUUAUUUCCUCAAUGUACAGGGAACCAACAUUCAGUUGGAGACACUGACCUCUGUGUGUUUUGAGUUUCCAAAUUGCUAUAGUGCUAUACUUGUGUGUUUAUGCCAUUAUUUCUUCAUGGUUUUUACUUACUUGUCAACCACUGACUUCAAGAUAAGCUAUUAAAUAAAUCUGUUACAGGUUCACUGUUCUACCGUACUUGUAUAAAGGCUUAUCUUGUAUGUCACAUGUGGGUUUCUGCUUUGCUGUUUUCCAUACUCUGUGUUUUUUCAGCAUAUAUCUUAUGCAUUCUGUUAUUAGGGGCAUGCAAAAGCUUAGUUCCAACCUGUUUUUCACCAGUUAUUCCAUAAUAAAUCAUACAUGACUACAUCCCCAUGUGUUGACCAGCAUGCAUAAAUAAUCAUACUAAUGGAUUAUGAGUUGAAAGUUAGUGGAAAAAAGUUGCUAAUAACAUUUUUCAAUUAAGAAUUUGACUGUGUUGUAAGAAAAUUAUGAUUUUUUAUCAUCAAUAUCUAUGAUUUUACAUGUGUAUUCUUUCCAGUAGAGAAAUUAUAUUUCAGAAAAUGGAACAAAAGAUGGAUUGACUAUAAGAAGACCACCAAAACUAGUUAAAAAAUUAUGGAAGAACAUGAAAAAUAAUAAAUGUGAUGCAAUGAGCAAAGAUCCAUUGCAAAGUGGAUGCAGCUUGCUGAAGCUAUGAUGGUGCUUACCUCGAACACAAGGGCUAAAGUGGUCUUCUGUAAAAGUUUAAUUUGAGUAUUCCCUCAUGCUGUCAGUACAGUUGGCAUGAUAUUUUCUUAAGGAGAAUAUUUUUCAGUGCAGCUAUCAGGUACUGGUAUGGACUGAAUUCAAUCUGAUAUUGUGUUGCUAACCAAAAAUAUUAUUAAUGGUAUUGUCUUAUUAAUCUGAGUAAACCAUUUUUUUAAUAAUUCUCAAAGCAUUGUAAAGUUGAUUAGGGGUGCAUCUAUACUUUUGCAAUUCACUGGAUCUGAUAAUUUUUCUCGUGCAUAUUCCUAUAUUAUUUUUGCAUGGUCAUGACAUGUUUUGCAUUUUUUAGAAAUUGUCAUCUUAAUUAUUUUCUUGUUUUAUUACUUUUGCUUGUUAAAAUUGUUGAUUUGAUUAUUUUUUUCUGUUAAGUGUGCAGUCAUGCAUGUGAUAUUUCUGUAGAAAGUAUUGCACAUUGCCAUAUUUUUCUGUUACUGUUAUUCUGUAUAUUCCUUGAAUUUUAUUUCUUUCAGUGUUAACUGACUCAUUCUAUUUAUAGUUUUUUUUCUCUGUCUAUUAACACUUUCUCCCAGAUUUUAACUUUGAGGGAUAUUCUAAUCAUGUUUGCUUUCCAUCCUUGCUGCAGCUGCAGAGUUGUUUAAUGAACUCAAAUUAUUGACCAGAUCUUAACAUGUCCAAUUGUAGUAAGAGCUGUAAAAUGCUCAGUCUCUAAAUGACUAAAGCUUUUAAGAAAUAUUGCCUUCAGCUGAACUGUUAGCCACAUAGGCAGAUCUCUGGAGCUCACUGACCUUUGCCCUCUUAACAGAAAAAAGUUCCUGAAAACAACAGAUUAUUUCACCUUGUAAAUGCUAUGCUAUUUAUUUGUGAAGGGUUGAAAGUAUUAUAUCAUGUGGCUUUCAUCAGUGCUGUCUGUCUGCCAAUUUUCUACAGCACAAUUACUACAUUGUGUACUGUGAAGUAGCUUAUGAACUGUUUUUUUUUUCUCUCUUUUUCAUCCCUUGUCUAUUAACCUUUGGAAUCUGCUUAUAUAUAAGCCAGUUGGGUCCCACUAGCCAGAACCAACAGUAUGGAAAGAUUGAAGGUAUGGGAUUUGUUUUGUCAUUUUAGUUUUAGCAUGACUUGCUGCAGUUCUGUCACAUCUCAAAACUGACUAUGCAUUUUAAAGAAAAUUAGCUAUUUUCUCCUUGAUGGCCAGUAAAGGCUUUCAAAUCAUACUUUGAACUAAAUGUUUAGUGUGAAAAGAGCAGGAAGAGUGUUUCAGGAAGCACUGUAGCCUGAUGGUGAAUGGGCUCUACUGUAGAACAGAAAGUCUCUGGGUUGAGGCUAUCUUGCACCUUGAAAACAUGUUGCACACCCAGCAGUUGUGCAUUACAAGUGGUUACCUGAUUUAUCACAGAGAACAGAAAAAGAGGGUUGUGGACAACUUUCUGCAUGCUAUGCACUAGACAUGAUCAGUGAACUAAAUAUUGUCUAUCCCUUGCAACUACUAUUGGGCUUGCCUUUCAGUUGAAUCAACAAUUGCAGCUAUUGGUAUGGCAUCAAUAGUAGCUUCUUGAAUACAAGUAAAAUUUGGCUCAUUGUCUUCCCUAUCUGCAUUUCAGAUUUAGAUGUCUCUUCAGACAUCUGACCUGGCUUAAAAACACAGAUGUUAAAAAGAGUAUAUGAAAAUAUUAAGUAAAACAAUUGCUUUUGUUUUGCCUUAGAAUUUAUGUGUGUGAGCACGCUCUCAUGGAUGAAGACGUUUUUCUGAUUUCAAAUGUUUAUUCUUCAGUUUUUAUAAUCUUCUAAUUUUGUCAGCAUCAAUUAGAAUGUUAUAAUAGCACACAUGUAUUGCAAUGUGACAUCUGCUUUUGAAUGUUAAAAACUAUACAGCUUGUUAUAAUUUCAUACUUUAUUAUUAGUUCUUAUGGACAGCUAUUGUAAUAGUGUGUACUAGGUGUGUGCCUUGUGUGUGCAUGCUGUGUACAGAUUCAAAUCAUGCAGUAGGUAUUUUCCAAUUCUUUGGGAAUGUUACCUGUACCAUAUGCAUUCUGCAGAUCUUUUAUAAUCUCAAGUAAACAUUGUUUAUUGUGUGAUUAUGUCAUACAAUAGUGUCUGUGUUAGUAGUAGCUUACAUUUGCACCGUUUAUAGCUGUAAAUUAUUGAUGUGAUGUUUUCAGUUCUGUUGUUGCCAGGGACUUGGUUUCAGACUGUUGUCUUCCAUAAAAGCUGUAGAAAAUAGACUGAAUUGUCUGAUUUGCUGUGUACAUGAUGGUGGAGACCAUGCCAAGGUGCUAGUGCUGCUUUGUUUUCCCAUACUUCCCAUCAUGAAAGACAUGUACUGUACCUGCAUGUCAAUGAGUAGCUGUAUUAACCAUUAGUUGCUACACAUUUUUAUGUAUUUGGCAUAUAAUUAAUCAUUGUUUACUCUCCUACUAUGUUGGCUAUAUGAGAGUAGGAUAUUCUUCUGAAAGUUAAUCACCCUACAUGUAGCAUUUAGUUGGGAUAAUCACAGUUCCUGAAUUUAAGAAUUAAGAAAAUGUAAUUGACACUUUUGGCUGGAGUAGGAUUUUUGAAAAUGAACUGCCAUUUUGUCACAUUUAUUCUUUGAAACCCAGAAGAGAGUUCAUAUAGCAUAAUUUUAGGUGUCAUAUAUCAGGAAGAGCUUAAAUCUUGCCACAUAAAUUCCAUGGUCAGCCACAUUGCUAAUUGAGAGGCUGAGAGUUUGUGUGGUUUUUAUUGCUCUGAAUACCAAACAAGUGAUUCUAUGCUCGUUUCCUACUGUCUCAGAUAAAUCUAGAUCUUUGUAUUUGAGUUCUGGCAUAAAUCACCAUUGAAAAUUGCAGUAGUCCAAUAAAAUGUUAGCAACAUAUGUUGCUAACUCUAAAGUCGCUGUUUAAGAGAGAUAUCGAUUGUUUUGGACAAUUGGUAUACUUUUUACCCAUCUUGAUGCCUUUCUUGUGCACUGUGGUACAGAUUCCAAUGUUCACUACACAGGAGUAGUACAGUCAAUAGUGUUUUUUGUCUUUUCUGGAGAAUUAUUAGACUAAUGUAUGGAUUGUAGGAUAUGUGUUUGACAAUGAAGAAGGUUGUGAAAUAUGUUUCAGCACAUGUUCUCAUAGAGUUGAUGCCUAGAACAAACGCAAACUGUUUGAUCACACUGUGUGCAGAGUUAUAAAACACUUACAGCUUCU